AUGCUAAAUUUUAGUAUACUAAUUGACCAAGAAUAGCCCACUAAGGAGCCAUUCUUGGUCUGCCAGAAAAAAUUUUGACAAAAGAUCCUAAUCUGCCAUUACCACUGAGUUUUGGUGUUUCCAAAUUUUUUGGGCAAGCCAAAUGCAAAUAAAAAAAAUUGCUCUUUUGCGAUGAUGCAUUUGGCUUGUCAAAAAAAUUUGGCAAUACCAAAAUUCAGUGGUAAUGACAAACGAUCCUAAUCUGCAAUUACCACUGAGUUUUUGGUGUUGCCAAAAUUUUUUUGACAAGCCAAAUGCAUCAUCGCAAAAGAACAAUUUUUUUUAUUGCAUUUGGCUUGCCCAAAAAAUUUGGAAACACCAAAACUCAGUGGUAAUGGCAGAUUAGGAUCUUUUGUCAAAAUUUUUUCUGGCAGACCAAGAAUGGCUCCUUAGUGGGCUAUUCUUGGUCAAUUAGUAUAACUCCCCCCUUGUGAGCAAAAAAACCAUCGGAAAAUCCUUAAUAUUUGGGUUAAAUAUACCCUUUGUGAGCGAACAAAUAUUUUUAAAAAAAAUAUUUCGAUAUAUAUAGUGAUAAUUCUGUUUAAUUUUAAACAUCCAUUUUAAAACAUAAAUUUGCAUAUUAAAUUAUUUUUUACUUCUAAAUUUUAGCAUUUUGAAGAAAAAAAAAAUUAAUCCCCCCUCGCUCCCAGAGAUUUUAUAAAAGUGUAUAUCGAUACCCUUAUGUCGGCGACAAUAAAUCGUUCAAACCACAAAAAGCAUUAGUGAUAACAGGCUCUUUAUUCCCUCCUUCUUUUAGUGAACAAAACACUUUGCUCGCUCAUCGAGGGGUUUUUAUUUUUUUUUAAAAAUUUAAUAUCGUAAAUUUUUUUUCAAAAUCCCCAAUUCGAAAUAAUUUUAGCAAAUGCUAAUUUUAUAGUAAAUUGUAUGUUUAAAAUGCAAGCUGCUUAAAUUUAAACAAAAUUAGCUAGAGAUUUCGUUAUACUAAUUAUCAUUUAUAUAUCAAAAUAGUUUUUUUAAAAAAUUUCUAGAUUAAAUAAAUUUUUUGUUUACUCACGGAGGGUAGAUUUUAACCAAAAAUUAGGAUUUUUCCAAUGGUUUUGCUCACUCUAAAAGGGGGGAGCUAGUAUUUAUAGCAACCUAUCUAAUUUACAAGCAAGUAAGUAAAACAAGAAAAAGUCGCGAAUUGUUCUCAUCAAACUAUAAAGAAGUAGACCCUGAAAUGCUUGUUCCAAAGCUUGAGAAAAUGAAAAAAAUUGACGAAGUUAAACUUAAAGAAGCAAUUUUAGACGGCGAUAAGUUCAUUCGUGAUGAAAUAAGAAAAAAAAUUGCCAUCACUCCAGGAGAAUAUGCAUUUCUUCACUUAAAAGGAGUCAAGGAUAAAACAGGAUUUAUGAAAUUUGUUGAUAGAGCAGUUAUCAGCUCAAUGAAAGCACAAGGAAAUGAUAUAUUUGAGUAUAAAAGACCUCCGAUUAACAAAAAUCUUAAUAUAAUGAAUAAGAAAUCAUCUUCAACAUAA